GUUUUAGUAUUGGUAUAUCGUAUGACCAAACAUGACAAAUGAUACGAAACAAGAAGCCAAGAAUGUCACUUAAACCUAUAUCAGUUGUGAACUCUAUGAGUUAUGAAGAUUUCAUAUCUAUAUUUGGUAACGUGAUAGAGCACUGCUCCUUGUGUGCUGCAGCAGUAUGGAGAGAUCGUCCAUUCUCUGACGUUAACAGUCUUCACAAGUCUUUCUGUCAGUUUGCUGAUCAACUUCCUAUUGGGGGAAAAGAAGGCAUUUUAAGACUGCAUCCCGACUUGGCAGGAAGACUGGCCAUGUCUGGUGGACUGACCAAUGAAUCCACUAAGGAACAACAAAGUGCUGGUCUAAAUACACUUUCUGACCAAGAAAAACAAAACAUGCAUGAUUUAAAUCAACAAUAUAAACAAAAGUUUGGCUUUCCUUUUGUGAUAUGUGCUCGAGAGAACAAGAAGGAAGCCAUUUUGACUGGGCUUGAGAGGAGAUUGAAUAAUUCUGGAGAAACCGAGGCAGUAACAGGGGUCGAGGAAGUUAAAAAGAUCUGUCGACUGAGACUGCUAGAUAUUGUAGACUCUUCUUCAAAGCUGUGAUAUAUAUUAUGUAUUGAGACAAAGAUGUGUAUAUAAGUAGAGAGAGAGAGAAAUAUGUUUUUUAUGCCCCAUUUAUGGGCAUUAUGUUUUCCGGUCUGUGCGUCCGUUCGUCCGUCCCUCUGUCCCGCUUCAGGUUAAAGUUUUUGGAUAAAGUUUUUGGUUAAGGAAGUUUUUGAUGAAGUUGGAAGUCCAAUCAACUUGAAAUUUAGUACACAUGUUCCCUAUGAUAUGAUCUUUCUAAUUUUAAUGCCAAAUUAAGAGUUUUUACCCCAAUUUCACAGUCCACUGAACAUAGAAAAUGAUAGUGCGAGUGGGGCAUCCUUGUACUAUGGACACAUUCUUGUUUUUGAAUGAGAUAAUUAAUUUUAACAAUCAUCAAUGGAAAGGGUGAGAUAUAAAAAGAUUAAAAAAUAAAAUUUGAUUUGUCAA